AUGGAGAGUGAUCCCUUUUACCAGGUUCUAGAAGAUGCGAAAGAACAGCUGGAGCAGCUUCUACAGCACUUAGAAAACAGCUCGGUUGUGCAGUAUUCAGAGAUACAAGAAAUAAUCAACGAGGUGGAAGAAACUAUACAGGACCUAGAUAGCAGUGUCACAAUACUCAGUCGUGAAGAGAACAGCGAUGAGAAUGAGAUAUCAAAUCGCCGGUUAAGAAUUCAAAGCCUCAGGGAUCAGUUGGCAAUUGUAAAGAAAAAAGCAGAGAAAGGACAGGCUUUAAAUUCCUCUACAGACUUCCUGACCACCGAGGAGAGUGCAGCUGGUGGCAUUGACUCUAUAGGUGCACUCCAAGAGCAGAUGCUACGGGAGCAAGACUCCCAUCUUGACAAUAUUCAUCACACAAUGCAAAACCUUCACGCGCAGGCGACCACCAUGGGCCAGGAGUUACAUGACCAGAGUGCCAUAAUGCAGGACCUUGAAGGCGGAAUCGACACCGUAAUGUCUAAACUCUCACGUGGACGGCGCAAACUUGAGUGGAUCUACGAGCAGAAUAGUGAAAGAUACAACGAUUGUUGUGUUGGACUCCUUAUCGUUAUUCUCAUUGUUCUUGUUAUACUUUCCUUUGCUGUUUAA